AAUUGAUGAUGAAAACAGUGCUGAGUUUAUGCAGGUCGCGCGCGAUGUGUGCUGCUGUGGGCGCAGUGGCAGUGGCGGCUCGCUAACGCGCUCGGCCUGUGACACACACACAGCAGUGUGUCGGUGCCGGUCGUGGCUGCUGCGCGAUCCUGCCAUGGGAAUCCUUUUCACUAAGCUGUGGAGGCUUUUCAACCAUCAAGAACACAAAGUCAUCAUUGUGGGUUUGGAUAAUGCAGGCAAGACCACCAUAUUAUACCAGUUUUCCAUGAACGAAGUUGUCCACACAUCACCCACAAUAGGCAGCAAUGUCGAGGAGAUCAUGGUGAACAGUACCCACUUCCUCAUGUGGGACAUCGGGGGACAGGAGUCACUGAGAUCCUCCUGGAACACCUAUUAUACCAAUACCGAGUUUGUGAUCGUGGUGGUGGACAGCACUGACAGAGAGAGGAUCUCCAUUACCAGAGAGGAGCUGUACAAAAUGCUCGCACACGAGGACUUGAAGAAAGCAGGCUUGCUGGUAUUCGCAAACAAGCAGGAUGUGAAGGGCUGCAUGUCAGUGGCAGAGAUCUCCCAGAGCCUACAGCUCACCUCCAUCAAGGAUCACCAGUGGCACAUCCAGGCCUGCUGCGCUCUCACUGGAGAGGGGCUGUGCCAAGGGCUCGAGUGGAUGAUGUCACGGCUGCGUGUCAGAUGAUCCUGUCUCCCAGGCCAGGAGCAGACUCCUCUGCCUCACUUGUCGUCUCCAAAGACAAGCUGAAAAUGCAACAGGACUUUCCAGUUUAUUUAUUGCAGACAGCAUCCUGACUGAGAACUGUGAGCAGAAUGAUCAAAAUAUUUGAAAUACACUUCUCCAAAACAGACAUUUACAGAGGAAACAAAUUGUUUUCUCCAUGGUGACUCUUCAAGUUGUGUAGAUGGACUUGAAGGACUUCUCUCUGGCUGUGAAGCAGCCCCGUGCAAACUGGUGUCGCCUUGGUGUGCAGUAAUCUGAGAACAUCCUUCAGAUGACGACUCUUGAGCCUUGGUUGGGGCUCAGAUACGUCCUUUCUGGUGUUUGUGAAA